CGACGCGUCAGUCGCGCGCUGGCCUCUGCCGCGUACGGUACGUGCAGUAGGUUUUGUGUCGUCGUCACGCGAUAUAUGGCGCCCAAACAGGGACCACGUUAUUGCGGGUAAUUUGAGGUCAACGAACUACCGCGGCGAAAGCACUCAUGUUGACGAUAUGUAUGGCCGCGGCACAUUGGCUCCAGUUCAGAUAUUUGUCACUAUCGCUACUAUGUCUCCUCGCCACCACCCUUCAGGUCACAAGCGUGCUCGCGACCACGGAUGUGUCGAGUGCGCCGCUGCCCGUUACCACGCCAACUAAACUCCCAAAGUGCGACCGUACCUUCGUGAGUCGCGGGGGAGCCAACAACGGUACAUUCCACGCCCCGGAGCUGCUGAAUCCCAACAACCACAGCCGGCAGUGUCUCUACACCUUCCUAGCAGCACCAGGGCAGCGCGUCCUCGUCGAGUUCAGAACCUUCGACCUCAGGGGCAAACCUCCAGAUGGAGCGGCAGUGGGGGAACUCCCGGCAUGCAUGCACGAGUACAUGGACAUCUACUCGGAGAUGGCGUCUCUGGAGGCGGGCGAGUUAGUGAACUCAGCCUUCGGUGGACGCUACUGCGGCCCGAUCCCUCCUCGGAGGCGGGUGUCCCUACACCGGGCGGUCGCUCUCGCUUUUUUUACAGAUCACACUUACACACCACCAACUCUGUUCGCGGGAACGUAUCGUUUCAUCAACGCCUCGGAAUACGAAGUGGGAACUCCGGUACCCAACACACUGUGCUCGUUCGUGAUCGAGGCCAGCAAACGCAAAACUGGUCUCCUUUUGUCGCCUACGUAUCCGGGACUAUACCCGAAGGACACCACCUGCAACUAUCAAUUCGUGGGACAGCCCGGCCAGCGAAUACGACUCGAGUUCAGAGACUUCGACCUGUUCUUCGGGGGUCCCCAUUGCCCGUUCGACUGGGUGCGCGUAUACGACGGGCCCGACAACUCCUCGGCGGCCGUGGGCACGUACUGCGGACAACAACGCAACCUCGUCCUCUACUCCAGCGACGAGAGGCUGCUAGUAACUUUCUUUACUCUGCCGCGGUCAGCCAACACCCAGAAUCGAGGGUUCAAGGGUAUCUUCGAGUUUUCAGAGAGUUUUGUUAAAUUAGAUUUUAUAAGCAAACACGACGCCGAGCACAUCAGGGGCUCGGAGUGCGAUCAGAAAAUACUUAGCAAAAAGGAAUCGACAGGAUUCGUUUAUCACCCAAAUUAUCCGUUUCCUUAUAUACAAAAAGUUGUUUGUAGAUAUUUUAUAUAUGGUAUGCAAGACUCGCAAAAUUUAGAAAGAGUUCGAUUGGAGUUCCAGAACUUUUCGAUACCGAAGGGAGAAAAUCCUAAACCGGAUUCGUGUCCCGAUGGUUACCUGAAGGUGUAUCUGCGCGGGCAGGAGGCGACUGAUUCCUACGACAAACACGACGCGGAGCUGUGCGGCGAGGGCUCGGCCGGCCCGCCCGCCUUCCCGCCCCCGCUGCUGUCUGACGGACCGAGGCUUGUCAUGGUCUUCAGCUCCGGAGAAUUGCAGGGCAGAGGAUUUAAAGCCAAAUAUACUUUUGAGACUGAAUAUCGAGUUCCAGGGACAGCGGCGCCGGGUGGCGAGUGCGCCUUUACAUAUCGAUCCGAAGCGAAGAAGAGAGGAGAGUUCAACUCCCCGCGGUAUCCCUCCAACUAUCCCUCGCGCACCAACUGCACCUACACCCUGGUGGCCACUCCCAACGAACAGGUCACGGUCGUGUUCGAUCACUUCAAGGUCAAAGCGGACACCUGGAACGCUACCGCGGGCUUGUAUGGCGGCGCAACAUGUAUCGAAGAUUGGGUGGAGGCGUGGUGGACGGGACGGGAGGGCUCGCGAGUCCCGUUGGGGCGCUGGUGCGGCCCCGCUACCCCCGGACCCUUGCAAUCACCUCGCGGAGCCCUGGGCCUGCUCAUCGCUUUGCACACCGACUACGACUCGGUCGCUUCAGGAUUCAAGGCGAGAUAUGUAUUUGAGCCAGCCAAAUCAAUCUUCGGCGACUGUGGCGGCAACGUAUCAGGAUCGGCGUGGGGGGUGGUGUCUUCCCCGCGCUACCCGUUACCGUACGAGGCGCCCUCGAGAGGAGCCGCCUCCAGGGUGUGCAACUGGUUCAUCACUGCACGUCCGGGGAAACGACUACUCAUCAACUUCGACCAGUUCGCCGUUGAGGGACAUCUUACGGAGCGUGGUUGUCCGGCGGCGGUGCUCCGCCUCUGGUACGAGUCCCCUGGCCCGCCGCUGGAGCUGUGCGGGGAGAAGGCGCCCGCCGACCGCUGGCAAUACCUCUCCUCCUCAAACUCCAUUAGACUUUCAUUCAUCAUAGCCGACAAGUCAGUAGGCGCCGCGGGGUGGCGCGCGAUAUGGACCGAGGUGACCGUGGGCCCCCCCGGGGGAUCGGGCGUGUCGGGUUCGGGUGGGGGAGAGGAGUGCCCCGCUGUGUGCGGGGGGGCUUGCCUACCACCACGCGCCGCCUGCUCCGGCUUGCAGCACUGCGCCGGCCAGCCCACCACUCAGCCCUCAUACUGCGUUGCGGCGUCGGGCCUGUCCGGGCCUCGCGCGGCGCUCGUCGUCCUAUCGCUUGUGCUCGCCGCCCGCACUGACCGGGCGCUGCACACGUGAGUCUCUACAUACCACCCUCACUCCUAGUCCUCGCGUCCCUCUGUCGCUUAGCACGCUACCGACUUCAACCCGCUUGCCAUAGAACUUCCUCGUGUGAUAACUUAACUGAGACAGAAAACAUCUUUGCUGCUUCGUAGCUUCAUCACAGUAUUAAUACAAAUCGAAAGGAAAAUUCGAGGCAUGCUUCUGCCUUCUGCGGCGCGCAUAGUCUGAUGCCUCAAUAUCAGAACUUCGGAAUGUUUUUGGGAAUAAAUUUUUAAUUUUCGAGUUGUCAAUUGAAAUGUAUCAAUAUUAUAAUUACCACAUCGGAAUUUAUCUUGCAUCAAGAGUGAAAACUGUAGAUAAUAGUGUCGUAACUUGGCGUAGUGAAGAGAUGUAAGUAUUAAAGAAUUUUCAUGGAGUUAUUUAGUUUCCGGCUUUCAUUCGUGCUAAUCACAUGCUCAGUUUUAUUUGAUUUCAGCUCAUAUAAUAUUGAUGGCUAACUCAUAGUUACCUUGCAUACGAGACGGUCCAAAUCUAAGUAGCUUUGUUAGAUCUGCAUGCAGUAAUAAAAUACAAAAGUUAAAUAUAUAAAUAAAUAUAUCUGGCUCGGUCUAUCUAUAAGAAACUGAUAAAUAUUACACCUAAUUUCUCGAUAAUAAGCCCAACCUACAGGCCCCUGAGACCAGGAUAAUAAAUUUGAGUUUCUUGUAGAUAGCAGUCUAAAUAGUGCUCAAGAAAGAUAAAAUUAGAUUUCUAGUUACCACCCGAGUUUACGACAGAUGAAGGCCGUAGUUUUGUUAAAAAGGAUUUAAAUAAAGGCAAUUAACUUGGUAGAUUUAUACUGAAACAAAUUGGAUAUAGGCGUUAAGUGUUCUCGUCGAAAUUUCGAACUACCUACAAGCCAGUUAGCUGAGCGACAGUCAAGGAACACUUUUCGCCGUAUAACAAGAGUGGAUCGACAGGCUCUAGCUCGGCAGCGGAGGCGAGCAGCAAUCUGGUGUGGUGGGUGGCGGGGGCUGCGGCCGGCGGGGUUGUGGCGCUGGCCGCGUGCUGGAGGCGCCGCCGACCGCGAGGACCCCCGCCCCCGCCGCGACCCCCGCCGCACACUCUGGCCGCUAGACUCGCCGCGCCCACGGACACCGUGUGACCGCAAUACACUUUACAUUGUAUAA